AUGAACUUCAGAAAACCUGAUAACACCGCGGACCUAAUUGACAGUCUAAUAAAUAGCGAAAAUGGAAAAGUUCAAAAGUACAUUCUGGAAAGAAAAAAGAAGGAACAGGAAUUUCUGGAGAAGAAGGAAAACAUUAAAAAGAAAACGUUGAUGGCUCCAAAACUUAAUCAAAUGUUUGUUAAAAAUAAAAAUGAUGAUGACAAGUUAAUCAGCGAAACAGUUGGUCUUAGAACCGUUCACGAGUAUAAACAAAUCAAGAGUGGCAUUUAUGGCAAGGAGAAGGACAGCCAUCUUAGCAGAAAGACCAAGGACGACAAAGAUAGUAAAAAAAAGAAACUCAAAUUGUCUUUCUGCAGCGACGAUGAGGACAACGAUGAGGAGGAAGACGACGGUGAAGGGGAUGGAGAUGGUGACAGUAACCGUGGUGGAGAUCGGGACAGUGGUGAUAACGAACCGAACAAUUACUCUGAUGAGGGCGCUUCGCAAGAAGAAGACAAGGAUGCCUCAGAAACCCCCCCGCAUCAAAAUAACCCGUCCACUGGGGGAAAAAGGAAAAUACAUGAUUCGAGUAAAAACGGUUCAGACAAAAAUGACGCAGACAAAAACCUGCAAAAUAAGGACACGCACGCCAAGUACGACAAAAAUAAGCCAUUCAAGAAAAUCAAGAAGGACCCAACUGUAGACACUUCCUUUUUAAAAGACAAGGAACGAGAUGAACAAAUAGAAUUGCGCAAAAAGGAGUUAAGAGAAUUAUAUUUCAAACUAGAAAAUGAACAAAAAGAAAAAACUAUUGAAAUAACCUACUCAUACUAUGACGGUAGUGGACAUCGGAGAAAAAUAUCAGUAAAGCAAAAAACGACGAUAGGACAAUUCAUAAAUAAAUGUGUUGACAAUUUAAAAAACGAAUUUAUUCAUCUAAGAUCAGCAUCUUGUGAAACCCUAAUGUUUGUGAAAGAAGAUAUUAUUCUUCCGAAUUAUUUGACCUUUUAUGAGUUAAUUAAAAAUAAAGCCCAGGGAAAAACGGGGCCAUUGUUUGCCUUUGAUGCGGUGGAAAAUUUAUACGGGAUUACAGAUAUAAGAAGGGAAAAGACUGAUACUCACGCAGGAAAAUUAGUGGAAAAAAAGUGGUACGAAAAAAACAAGCACAUUUUUCCCGCCUCCAAGUGGGAAAUUUACAAACCCAUGAAAAACUACUCGACAACCUACACAGAUUUAUUUAACCAUUCUGGAUAG